AUGUCCGAGGACGGCGUUCUUGGGCCAGCGAAUGAACGGCGGUGCAGCGUCUUUUCGGCUGCCGAAGCUGAAGAGAGUGCAAGGAGAGGCGCUAGCGUGGGGCCGGUGAAGGUGGUGGCGGAAAAGGUGGUUGGAAUUGACCUUGGGACCACGAACUCGGCCGUCGCCGCCAUGGAGGGUGGAAAAGCCGGUCAUUGUUACAAAUUCCGAGGGACAGCGAACCACGCCGUCCGUGGUAGCGUACACGAAGACCGGGGAUUUGUUGGUCGGGCAGAUUGCAAAGCGCCAGGCCGUGGUUAA